AUGAGGAGAAGUAGAAGUAGCAGGAGGAGAAGUAGAAGCAGCAGGAGGAGAAGUAACAGUAGCAGUAGCAUGAGGAGAAGUAGAAGUAGCAGUAGCAGGAGGAGAAGUAGCAAUAGCAGGAGGAGAAGAAGCAGGAGCCGUAGCAGGAGGAGGAGCAGUAGCAGGAGUAGGAUCAGUAGCAGGAGGAGGAUGAGUAGAAGCAGGAGCAGUAGCAGGAGGAGGAGCAGUAGCAGGAGGAGCAGGAGCAGGAUGAGCAGUAACAGGAGAAAUCUGAGUCAGGCUCUGAUCAGAGGGCCUGUGUCACCUAUGGUUGCCAUGGUGCUGUAA